AUGGUGAACGUGAACCACCGAGACGAGUCCAGGCAGACUGCUCUCCACAAAGCUGCAGGGAGAGGCCACGAGCAGGCCGUCGCGCAGCUACUGAGGGCUGGUGCUGACCCCACUCCCCGCGACGACUGGGGGAGGACGCCACUGCACCUGGCAGCCAGGGAGGGUCACGAGCGCGCUCUCGGGUUCCUGCUCAGGGCAGGGGCAGACGUCCAGGCCACCGACAGCUGGGGGAGGACUCCUCUGCACCUGGCUGCGAAGCAAGGGCGUGAGCUCGCUGCCAUGUGGCUCCUCGUCCUGGGGGCGAACUCUGGUGCUGCAGACAACUGGGGCAGGACAGCCCUGCACCUGGCGGCCAAGGAGGGCCACGAGACGACGGUGAAGUGCCUCCUCGAGAUGGACGCCGACCCCAGCGCCCGCGACGGCUGGCAGCGGACUCCCCUCCACCUGGCGGCCAAGAACGGGCACGUGGAGUGCGGCGGUCGCCUGCUGGCUGCAGGGGCUAGCCUCAGAGUCAGUGACAACUGGGGGAGGACCCCUCUGCACCUGGCGGCGAGGGAGGGCGCCGACCAGAGCGUCCGGUGGCUGAUCCGGUACGGUGCCGUUGUCGACGCGAGGGACGAUUGGGAGCGGACGCCGCUUCAUCUGGCAGUCAUAAACAGGAGAGAGGCAGCUGCCGUGUACCUCCUACGCAGGGGAGCUGAUCGUAGAUUGCACGACAGGUGGCAGAGUACACCUGAGGACUUGGCCAACGGAGAUGAAACCUUUGCUCUUAUGAUGGUUCUCGUAGAGGAAAAUGAUGAUAUGGAAUUUAUGGACGAUAGCGAACAUGAUUUUGAUGGGGAAGACCCCACUGACUCUUGUUUCAGUUAG